UUAAUCCACUACUGAACAGGAAGAAGAAGAACAGCAGCCAUGAAAAAUAAAGUAUGGCGCGGAAAUGCAUGUGGUUGAAGUCAGAAGUCUGAAUUAAACCCUCUUGUUUUUGGUUUUGUUUCUGGAAAGCCUGGCAUCUUUACUAUACCUGUGUUAAUGGCCUCACCACAGAUGGAUCGUAACCCAUCGCCGCCUCCCGACAGAGAUGAUGAGACUGCUGAAGAGGAUGAUGCUAUUGGGGAGACCGUGUAUAGCAAGCACUGGCUCUUUAGCACCUUAACUCGCCUUAUACAGAUGGUGACAGUACAGGACUCAGAACAGGGAGAAGGUCUGACAGAACUGUCUGAUGAGCUUGAGGAGGAGCUGUGUAAAGUCUGGGAUAUGGCCAUGGAUAAGGAUGUGGCUGGUUUUCUACAGGAGUUCAAAACUCCAGAUAUCCUGCUUGGAGUAAUUGCCAAGUCACGUCAUCCACGCCUUACUGAAAUCUGUAUAGGAAUUCUGGGAAAUAUGGCCUGUUUCCCUGAUACGUGUAUGUUCAUUAGCCAGAAUGAUGGACUAGGUGAUGUUCUGCUCUUACUGUUGGGUGACAGUGAUCCUCCCACACUGUUAGAGACAUGCAGGCUUCUCCUGACCUGUGUCUCUCAACCAGAUGUCGCUCCCUUGUGGCUACAGAGGAUACAGCAGCAGACAGCCACAUGCAACAACCUUUGCUUCAUAAUGCGCAGUUCGACAAAUGUGGAAUUAUUGGUAAAGGUAGGAGAACUUGUUGAUAAGCUGUUUGAUGAGGAUGAGGAGCUGAUGAAGAGCUGGCUGGCUGGGCCAUCUAGUGAGAGUGACGAGGACAAAGACACACACCAGGAUGUCGCUUCUGCAUUACUGGAGGCUGCUGUACAGCUUAGGAAGGAGAGUCCAAAGGCCCUUGAAGCAUAUCUGCAUGCUCUUCAGCUCUUAACUACCGUAGAUGAAGGACUGCAGAAUCUCAUUUCAGAUGGAGGGUGCGGUGUCUCAGUAUGGAAGAUGGUGUGUGAAGUGGUGUGUGAGGAUCUGUGCCAGCCUGACGACCCUCCUCUCAUCCUGCAGGAGCAGAAGGCACUCCUGGCCCCCGCCCUCGCACUGCUAUCUGCCUUACACACCAACCUUCAGACAAACAUCAGUUCAGCCUUGGUGGCUAGUCUUCUUCGCAUCCUGUACUUUGAUCAGGAAAAUCAGCGUGGGGUGCAUCAGGAGUCAGGAGAUGGACCGACAUAUGGAAAGAUGGACGAGGAAAAAGAUAUACAGCUGCAGGUGUUGGCUGAGAUAGCAGCAGAAUUACUUUCGACUCUGCUCACACGUCUGUCCAUGGACAUUGUGUUAGAGUUGCUGAAAAUGGAUCAUCUUACAGAGAAGAUCUGGGUGUCAGCAGUAAAGACACUAUUGCCGCAGCACAACACAUCUGUGCUGUGCUUCAUCUCCACACUGACCGAGGUGGAGCCUAAACUAGCAGACAUUAUAAAGAAGGAGUGUUCCAUCGCAUCAGAAUCAAACGAGCCUAAGCCGGAGCCAACGUAAAAUACACCAUUUUGGAUUAGGCAUGUCAGUUGUUGUUGGAGCUCUUUGUGGCGAAGGAUGAUUCUCUCAUGCGCGUUUAUCUUUUAAAAUUGCAGCACAGAACUGGUAUAUGUCUUAAGUAUAUGUUCAAUUUUGUUAUGGACUGAAACAAAUAUUUGACUCACAGACACUGAACGUGUUGUGUUCAUAUUGUCUUUUGUGUGUGUGCAUUGUUGUAAUGGUCAGCCUGUUUAAUAAACAUACGUUUCUUAAA